AUGAGCAACACUAAUUCAUAUUUCAUUCUAUCUUUCAGCAUUCCAAUCGAUGCACGAUCGGACUUUGUCAAGCCUUAUCCUUCAAACGCUGGUAUCUACUUCGAUAGCCUGGGAAAACUUAAAAUAAUUAAGAGUAAUUUAAACGUAAUUAGUUAUGUAGAUAUAUCUUUCAUAAAACCUCAUCUUACUAAUUUGAAUGAAAUCAUAGGUACAUUAAGGUUUAACUGUCAAAAAUUUAACUUAACUUCUUGUGAAAACACGCUAUCUCCUUUAACAGCUCGUUUUACAGACGUUCAACGAGAAUAUGAUUCUAUUUAUCAUCUUAUUUCAAAGCGAUACAAACGUAAUGCAUGGUUUGGCGGUAUAGGUACAGUAUUUAAGCACGUUUUCGGCACGCUUGAUGAAGACGACGCUCUCAAAUACGAUUCUGCUAUAGAAUCUAUACAAAAUAAUCAAAAGAAAAUGGCAACAUUAAUAAAAGAAAAUAUCUUAGUUACUACUUCUACCUUAGAGUCCUAUAAAAAUAUUAUAAACAAAUUAAAAACCAAUCAAGAAAUCAUUAAUGAAUCAUUAAUAUCAUUCCUUAAACAAAUAACAAAUAUCACAGAAAUUACAAACAAUUUAAUCAUAGAAACAAAAGUCCAUUCCAUACUUACCAACCUUGAAAGCUCUUUGCUUACAUUAUCGUUUCAACUCGAAGACUUGAUAAACGCAAUUAUACUCAGUAGUCAAAACAUCCUACAUCCUAACAUUGUAACGCCUGCCCAACUAUACCGUGAACUCGCCGAUAACGAUAGGCACCUACCACGGGACACUGGGAUUCCUAUAUCAUUAAGCCUAGAUAAUAUUCAUUUAAUUUUAAGUAUAUCUAAUGUUGCAUGUUAUUAUUUUAAGAAUAAACUUGUAUUUGUUUUGCAAGUGCCCCUCGUUACCAAUGAGGAAUUCAAUUUAUAUCAUACUUUGGCUCUGCCUACUCCUCAUAGAGUGGAUAACCCAAAUAGUUAUAGUUUAAUCUCUCCUACUAGUUCGUAUAUUGCUAUUUCUAAUAGUAAACAAUUAUAUUGUAAUUUAGAUAGUUUACGUAAGUGUAAGACCAUAUACUCUGAGUUCUUUUUAUGCGAAGUACCGGUAAUCUCGACGACAAGUGAUAACCCGAUAUGCGAAAGUGAACUAUUAACGAAAACUGUUAAUGCUAUUCCUAAACGGUGUGUUACCAAAACCAUAUUCGGCGAGCUAGACAUUUGGCAACCACUAAUAAACAAUCGGUGGAUUUUCGUGCAGUCUCGUCCGAAUAAAGUGUCUAUCGAGUGUGGUGUUUCAGAAAUGCGUGAGAUUAUAGUGUCCGGUACGGGUAUUUUAGAUACCCCAAAACAGUGCACAAUCUAUACAAAAAGUGUAAGACUGAUAACUUCAGAUGACUCUUAUAAUAUAAGUAUACCUAGCCCUAUACUAGAUUUUAAUAUUAUCAAUGACUCAUGUUGUCAAAUCAAUUAUAACUCGAUUAAUAAUAAUACGUCCCCUAUUCUUUUCCAAAAUAUCGAUUUAGACGAUUUAACAUCUAAUGUAAACAAACAUAAAGAAAUAUUCGCGGAAUUAGAUAAGAUCAUAGAUGACAAACCAUUUAUUAUUAAAUACGGGACGCAUUAUUCAAUACUUACCUUUAUAAUUUUGUUAAUUGUAAUUUCUUUUAUAAUAUACAUCUUAAUUAAAAUUAUAUUAAAAUAUAAGAAUGCAUUUGUUAUCAAUAGAAACAAUGUAAACAUUGAUAACGAUACUCACGUCGAGAACGACAACGCUUCGCUGCAUUCUAUCGCUUCUAUCCCAUUACCGCGACUUAGGGAAGUAGUAUAACCUUUCCGAAUUUCGGUAAUUAACCCCAAAUUUCGGUCUUAUGCGGGGGGUUGUUAUACCCUAUUUUAAUACUGCAACCCCAUGUAGAGGGUGCUAUGUCAGCAAAUUAUAAUAAUAUAAAUAUACGUCGGAUUCGCCCGCGCGGGCAGUCUGUUGUCAUUCUCGACACAUAUCGGUACUAUUUCCAAUUACCAAUUCGUUACUAUUCCUAUUUCUAGUUCUACUAUUUCUAAGUGUCCAAAUAUCCUUAAAUACUGUCAAUUGUGGUGAAAAACCAAUAUAAUCAUUUUUGUGUGUAAAAUUAGUUUUUUUUAAAAA